UCUUUCGCCGCCCUCGUUGUAUUCCCAGUGGCAAUGUGACUUGCGUGUGACCACCAGAACAGGGAGACCGCUGCAUCUUGUGGAGGAGAAAACCCUUUUGCCAAAGCGGGGACUGACUUCAUUGGCUCAAAGACAGACCUGCUCAGGCGCCAGCUAAAUCCUUGCAAGCACCACCAACCCGCGCUGCUUGGACAGAGCCUUCUCCCUGGUCCCUGAAGAUGAGGGCAAUCCAGGCGGUGCCCACCUGGAACGUGGCACCCUGCUGCUAGGAGCCCUGUGCUCCGCACAGAGGAUUUUGUGAUGGCUGCUGCCUCCCACUGGAAAUUCAAGCUGAUCCUUCUGGGGGACUUUGGGGUGGGGAAGACCACACUCUUCCAUCGCAUCAGAACAGGGCAUUUCGUGGAGAGGGCGCAUGUUGUCGGCCAGCACAUGGGCGUGUGUGAGAAAACCCUGCCACUGAGGCACACCAGCAGCAACCCCCAGGUCCAGAUCUCGCUGUGGGACACUGCUGGCGAGGAGCGUUUCCUGUCUCUAAGCAGCUGCUAUUACCGGGAUGCAGAUGCCGCACUACUGAUGUACAGCGUUCACAGCCCCCCCUCCUUCGACAGCCUGGCUCACUGGCUCUUUGUGGCCAGGCAGCACUGUGUGGAUGCUGACAUCUUCCUUCUGGGCACCAUGAUUGACCUGGAGAGCUGCAUCCCUGAGGAGAAGGUGGAGCGGUUUGCCACAGAGCACAGCACCUCUGGGAGGUACAAAGUCUCAGCCAAGACAGGUGAGAACGUGGAUCGGUGCCUGCAGGAGGUGGUGGAGCAGCUCUUCCUCAAGAAGGAGUUCCAGGGCAGCGGCCUCCAUACCCCACUGCAAGAAGAUGGCUGUUACAGCCAUUGUGAGUGCUGAGGGCAUUUGGCUGGAAAAUCCCCAUCCUUGAGCAAGGAAGGAGCCUCUUGGCUUUGUCUGGGGAUGGCUUCUGGAUCCCUGCUUGGAGAAGAUUUAGCUGUCGUAGCAGCUCCCUCCUGACUUCACUGGAGGGUCUCGGCAGUUUUCAGCAGUCCUGCUUGGCACGUCUCCUUCUGGCCUCUCAGACUCUCCCACUCCUGCCGCAAAGAGAGCGCUGCCAUUCAGAUAGCUGUGUCCUGUGUCCUGCACAAAGCUGACCCAUCAGUAGAUCCCCAACUAAAUAUGUUGCCCAUGUGCCAUCAGCCUCUGGGGAAAUAGAGAUUCUAGGGAGGGGUUGAGUCCAGUGGCACCUUAAGAGACCAACAAGAUUUUCAGAGUGUAAGCUUUUGAGAGUUGGAGCUCCCUUCUUCAGAAUGUCAAGAGACCACAGAGAUGUGCAUGCAAGAGUUCUUGGCCUCUGCAUGCUCACAAUAAUUUUCCAUGUGCUUCGGACUUACAACAAGGCCGCACAUUGUCCUCCUCUUUACAUAAUGCUUUUCUUCACCUCUUGACUGAGAUGUUCCUUUUAGCCCCCGAACUGCAAGGGGGUAGCUUAUGGAUGCCUUGGCUGUCCUGAAGCCGGCUUGUGGAGCCAGGCCUGGAAAACAGCAGCAGGCCUCUCAGUCCCUCCUCAGUUCUCCAGAGUGGAGUAUCUCCUCCAAAGAAUCGAAAGGCACCUGCGCUUGAUACAUCUUGUUCAUCAUGGUUGCUGGUUUAAUGUCACCUCUGUUAUUUCCAGAGGAGUUAGCUGUGUUAGUCUGUAGUAGCAAAAUUGUGAAGAGUCCAGUAGCA